AUGUCCACAUCGUUAAGCAGUAUACCUUCGGUUCUGGUGACCCCUUAUGAAUACCAAGAGGAAUCCAAAACACACAAGCAAACGUUUUCAAAUACACUUGCAUUGAAAAAUUUACAACAGCAUAUACCUCAAAUCAAAACAUUUCGAGAUAUCACAAUUUCCGUAUUUAUAUUCCUACUUAUCAUUAUUAUUUUUUUCACAAAAGUGCUUAACAUCAACUCAACCUAUUUGCCGAACCUCACUGGGAUCGAGGAUACGGUUCAAUUUUUUGACCUUGCGAAUUAUGACGGAAGCCCCAAUGGCUGGCAGUACGAUGAACGAGUCUUAUUUUGUGUGCCUUUGAGAGAUGCAGCUGCCCAUCUUCCUAUGUUUUUUGAUCAUAUGAAAAAAUUAACAUAUCCCCACGAGCUUAUUGAUUUGGCGUUUUUGGUCAGCGACUCAAAAGAUGACACUAUGGGCGAGCUAUUGAGACAUCUCGAUGAUGUACAAAAGACUCCUCAAAAGUUUGGACAAAUUGAAAUAUUUGAAAAGGAUUUUGGUCAAGCUAUUGGCCAGGGUUUUAGUGAUAGGCAUGGAUUUGCCGCACAGGGACCAAGAAGGAAACUAAUGGCGAGAGCUAGAAACUGGCUAUGGUCAGUAGCACUCAAACCGCACCACUCAUAUGUUUACUGGAGAGAUGCAGAUGUUGAAACAGUGCCUCCUACAAUAUUGGAAGAUUUGAUGCACCAUGAUAAAGAUGUUAUUGUACCGAACGUGUGGCGUCCUUUACCCGAUUGGUUAGGUAGCCAACAACCAUAUGAUUUGAAUUCGUGGCAAGAAAGCGAUGGGGGAUUACAGUUGGCAGAUACUCUAGACGAAGAUGCAUGUAUCGUUGAAGGAUAUGUUGAAUACCAAACGUGGCGACCACAUUUGGCCUACUUGCGAGAUCCCUAUGGAGAUCCUGAAGUGGAAAUGGAGUUGGACGGGGUUGGAGGAGUUUCAAUAUUAACCAAGGCAAGAGUUUUCCGUUCGGGUUCUCAUUUCCCUGCAUUUUCGUUUGAAAAGCACGCAGAAACAGAAGCAUUUGGUAAACUAAGUAAAAAAAUGGGGUUUAGCGUAGUUGGUCUUCCGCAUUACGUUAUCUGGCACAUUUAUGAGCCAUCUCAAGAUGAUUUGAAACAUAUGGAAUGGAUGGCCUUGGAAGAAGUACGCCAGAAAGAAGAAAUAAAAGUGAAAAACAAAUAUGACAAGAUUUGGGAUAAAGCUUAUUUGGACGUACAAGAAGAUUGGUUAAAGGAAAGAAAUAAGUUUCUUAAAAAUACUGAUAUGUCGAAACAUCGGAAAAUCCAAGUUGAUUGGUCAGGUGUUGAUGAUUGGAAAAUUGACAAAGAUUCCAAGAUUGAGAAGAAAUUAGCCGAUUUCAACCCAUGA